AAAAAAAAAAAAAAUGUGAUAAAUAACAUUGUACAUUUUUUACAUGUUUUCUUUUAUUCCCUUUAUUUAUUUAUUUAUUUUUAUAUAAUAUGUCUGAACAAAAUCUAUUUCAUUCAUUUAAAUUAAAUAAUGCUCAUUCUAAUUUCAACAUUAGCGACAUGCCUUUUGAUUUCCAACAGAACUUAAAUACAGCAGGUGACCAAAGGAAGGUACAAAAAAAAAUUAAAAUUUAUGUAUGUGUUUCGAUUUAUUUAUUUUAAUUUUAAUUUUUUAAAGGCUGUUGUAGUAUUGAAUACAUCUAAAUAUCCUCCCACAACUACCCAUCCUUUAUUACCUUCUAUAAUAACGAACUCUACCACUACUGAUCUUUUACGAACAAAUGCUCUUCAGCAACAAUGGGAAAAGAAUGUUUCACGAGUAUAUACAUGAUUCUAUAAUAAGAAUACAUAUAGAAUAUUAAUGCGUUUGUAAUAGAGCGCUAUUAUUAUUAAAGGAGAAAAUGAGCAAACGCUGGAGGUAAUAAAGACAACACAUCAAUCAGAUGAUGACUAUCAAAUUCCUAAACAUAUCGUUUCACCUGAAGCAAUUCGAGAGGCAUUAAAAGAGGAACUUGAAGAAGCCAUGGGUAAAACUACAAAUAAACCAUUUUCCAAAUUUGCUUCUUUUCAAGCAAUAAAGCAAUGUCAAUACUCUUCUACCGUUAUUGUUGAUCAUGUUAGUGAUGAUGAUUCAGCUGAUAAUAAUAUAAGUCCGUCUUCUUUUCUUAAAGCUCAUCUUAAUGAUAAUUAUUCUUUAUUCACACAAGCAAAAAGGCUGAAAAAACCACCUAAUGCUUAUUUAUUAUUU